AUGGCAGAGAUACUACAACAACAAGCCGACACCACCACCACCUUUCAACAGAAGCGUAAUUUCGGUUACUACUACCCCUUUCCGAAGAUCCCCCGUCCCAAGAGAAAUGUCCUUUAUUAUUCAACAUGGUCAAAGGGUUCAAGUUAUAUUCUUCCUCGAGGCGGAAGCAGAUAUAUGCAUUUGCCAAGUUUGAGAAUUUCGAAAAGACUGUUUUCAAAUGCAAAUCAAAAAAUCAAACUGAAAACUAGAAGUUUACAAAAUCGAUUCUUCUCAGUUGAGGCCCGUACUAGAAGACAACAACGUCGAAAAUUUAUCAAAUGGUGGACACUUACCACUUUAACUGUUGUUUUAGGUGGUGUUGCUGCUAGAAUAAGAUACCAAAGAGGUGAAGUUGACGAAGACCACCCUGCUAAUCCAUAUAGAAUAAGACCACAAUCUUGGCAUUUAUAUGCUUAUUCCACUUUACCACUUAAGACGAUUUCCAGACUAUGGGGACAAGUUAACUCGAUUAAUUUACCAGUAUGGAUCAGAAGCCCAUCUUAUCGUUUAUACUCAGCUCUUUUUGGAGUGAACUUGGAUGAAAUGGAAAACCCGGAUUUAAAAAGUUAUAGUAAUCUUUCUGAAUUUUUCUACCGUACUUUAAAACCAGGAGCUCGACCUAUAUCUGGAGAUGAAUUGGUGAGUCCUGCCGAUGGUAAAGUGUUAAAAUUUGGUAUCAUUGAAGAUGGUGAAAUUGAACAAGUUAAAGGAAUGACUUAUUCUAUUGAUGCAUUAUUAGGUUUGAAGCAUGGUAGAUUAGCUGCUCCAACCCAUUCAUUGGAAGUGGAACAUGAUAGUGAUGACGAAACUAUAGUUCGCAGAGACGAAGAGUUUGCCAAAAUCAAUGGUAUUUCUUAUUCUGCCGAUGAUUUAAUUGGAGGUGAAGGUGAUUCUACUUAUCAUAUGCAUGAAUUGCAAUAUAAAGAUGAACAUGAUGGUACUGCCAUGGGUGAAGAAGUUUCAAUUUCCAAAGAAUUAUCAUUGGCAGCAAAAUUAACUCCGGACCCAUUGGAAAGUUUGAAGAUCGCGAAACACAGUAAGCAACUUUACUUUGCCGUGAUUUACUUGGCUCCUGGAGACUAUCAUCAUUUCCAUUCCCCUGCCAACUGGGUCACUACCCUUAGACGUCAUUUUAUUGGGGAAUUGUUUUCAGUUGCACCAUUUUUCCAAAAGACUUUACAAGGAUUAUUUGUUUUGAAUGAAAGAGUUGCUCUUUUAGGAUAUUGGAAAUAUGGAUUUUUCUCCAUGAUUCCAGUUGGUGCCACCAAUGUUGGUAGUAUUGUUGUCAAUUUCGAUAAGAAUUUAAAAACUAAUGACGUUUACGAGCAUGAAAUUUAUCAAAAGUCAAAAGAAGAAAAUGAAAACACUCCUUUACUUGAAAGAGAUUACCAAGCUAGUGAUUUAAUUAGUAUUGAUUCUCGUGAAUCAGAAGAACGCAAGAAGAAGAGAUUAAGAAAGAAUACCGUGUAUGAAGCAACUUAUACAAAUGCUAGUAGAUUACUUGGCGGAUUCCCCUUGAGUAAAGGACAAGACAUAGGUGGAUUUAAACUUGGGCUGACAGUUGUGUUAGUAUUUGAAGCUCCUGAUAAUUUCAAGUUCAAUUUAACUGUGGGUGAAAAAGUGAAGGUUGGUCAAUCCUUGGGUGAAUUUGUACAAUAG